AAUCUAAAUCUGGGUGGCACUAUGUUUUAAUUUUAUUCUGGCCAUUACCACUAUCCGGCAACUAGCGUCAUAUGCAAAAGUAUAGCUCGGUGCGUCUAACCCGUCAUUACAAUUAUCGCUUCCAACUCAAUGGCCAAAUCGCUCAAGAUCGUAACCAUUGUACACCCAUAUCGCACAAUGGUAAGUCAUCGGAUUAUGAACCAGGAAUAACCGCAGGUGAUGCCGAUAAAGAAGACAACCAAAAUUAUGCAGCUGCCACUGCACUAAUGAUUAUAACAACAAUAAUUCUCAUAUUGGUGGAGGUGGAAACUGCAAGUUUACUAAUACACAAAGGACUAAUACCUACGAGCGGAACUGGCGCACAUAACGGAACUAAUGCCGGAAAAAUGGACUUUGCAGUUAUGGAUUGUGGAUUUGAUCAGAUUUUUAACUCUGGGGAUCCAAUACUGAGUUCGGAUAAGGCGAAGCAUGAGUUGAUUUUCCCCAUGCAAAGAGACUUGGUGAAUAAAGGACACUAUCAGACGGGACAACCUGCAGUUAUAAGGAAUAAUUAUUGGAUGCCGCUCGUUAUACGCUAA